AGACCGUCUAUAGCUAGUAAAUUCUCCACUCUGGCUCUCGCCCUAGUUAAACCUCUUCUAUUGUACUCUAACUUCGUUUGGGGACCAGUAUCCAUAAUAUUUUGUCUUCCAAGUUCCAAGGUCUAGUGAGCUCGAACCUAACUUGUUGCCGAGACCCAAGUGAUGUGUGCUGUGUACGCUCUUGGAAAUAUCCAGCAAUCGGGACGAGCUCAACAUCUGCAGUAAUACAACUGGGAGCAAAAGGGAUACGUACGCCGCCGUGGUACUGAUAAGAAGCCUCCACUCACCAGCACAUGCACGCAUCUCUUCCUUCGUGUGCAUUCCAUCAGUAUCAGAGGGUAACUGCGGCUAACUCUCACAAGCAAGCGGAUUUUCAACGACUCCUCUCGAAGACGAGUGAAGGAGGAACGCCGUAUAGGAGAAUAAUCUUCCUGCGAUGUUAAGGACUGCCAUCACUCCGUGACUCCAUGAUCUGUGCAAGCACUUAAAUCGGUCAUCAACUUCCUGGACUUGGCAGCUGCAUUCAAUGCGAUCUCAGCACUCGCAGGGAACCGUUUGCGUCCUUCUAUUUUUCAUCUCAACGCUGUCCUUUGAAGAGACCACAAAAAUUCUUUCUUCAUGUCUUUGAAAUGGCAUAAGAAUUUUAUGGAAUUGAAGGCCAGGAUUGUUCAUCAUUGAUUCAGGACGGCAACAGGAUGCCCAGUUAUGACUCAGCAAAUUUUAAGACGCUCUCCGCGGCGCAGAAUGUGCCAAGGAAAACCAAUGCCUUCUUCGCUGCUCAGCCGAUGCUUUUUGACAAAAAAGGUCGUCCGGCGAGAACAGAUUACUGUUCCUUUGAUGAAAAUGCCAAUGCUUUGGCCUCGAAUAAAUUCCUUGAAGGAACCUCAGACUUGAGCGACGAAUUUAUUGGUCCAAUGGGCUGCGUAACUCACAUUAGGAAUGUCGAGCGACCAACGCCAACAGGCGACCUUGACCAUGACAAGAGGUCAUUAUAUUCAUUAACGGGAACACCUAAUUACUUUAAUGUAAAUAAUACUUCAAUUCCUCUCAGUCAUGCCACGAACUGCGGACCCGACAUGACACCUCACAGGAACCAAGAUGCUACUGCAGUGACGUCCAGCUCCUCGCUCUGGUGGCAGCCGUUGUCCGUGCCGUGCCAUCAACAAAAGCCCGUAAUUUCCAUCGGUAAUUUUAAGACCCACCGCAAGAAGGUGCGGCGACGUAAUCAUGGGAGCUGCUGGUGGUUGUGGUGGUACGUGUGGCUGCUGGUGGUGCUGCUGUUGGACGUCCAGAUGGUCUACGCCUCUACCUGUUUAGGCAUCAAUCCCCCAGCUCCCAAGAAGUAUAUAUUCGACGCAAAAACACAAGUGCAACUGCAGCUCUCGCUCGCUACGUCGGAGCGCCUCUCCCAGCGCCUCGCCACAGCCAUCUUCAGGAUACUCCUCAGCGAGAAGGUUGGCUACCAGAACGUAACACAAGUGAAGUACGAGAACUGGAGCGACGCCUCGCACUUCAACAGAGAUAAUCUGUCGAUGAUCAACCUGGAGGUGUGGAUCCCGCCAGGAUCUUUCGUCAACCUGGGACCGACGACCGUCAACUGCGGAUCUCAGGGCUCCGGCGGCAGGUUCGGCUGGUACGUACGCAACGACAGCGACUUCAGCAGCCACGACCUCAUAACGGACCACUGGCGCUCCUUCAGGAACCCUGCCGUCACGAGGCUCUUCGCGCUCCAGCCGCACGAGGAGGAGAGACUGCUCGACUACACGCAUAUCAAUCACGAGUAUUUCUGCAGAAGUCCCAAGUGCAAGUCAGGAAUCUUCACGCCCCCAGAAUGCGAGAGUCGCAGCGACUGCGCAAUGCUCUUCGUGGGCAAGUUCAACUCGUCUUCGUUCCUGGAGCAACAAGUGGUGAGCCAGCGGCUGCUGGUGCGCAUCGCCUGGAUUGGCCCAAACCUCACGCCGCACUUCAUCAGGAACUUCAGGCCCAGCGACAAGGGCCUCAUGUUCUUCAGCUGGUGGCCUGGGACGCUGUCCACCCUCAGGAACGUCCUGCCCGUGUCAUUCCCGUCAUGUGUCAGUAACGAUGAUGGCUCGCACGACGCUGACUUCAGCUGCAAGUAUGAGCUGCACACGCUCGAGAAGCAUGUCUGGGUCAGCAUUAGGGAGACCGCGGCCAUCGCGUAUCAGACUGUGGAGCGCUUCCAGCUACGAGAACAAGACUACUACGACCUGCUCGAGCGCUACCGUCAGAGAACGGCUCCUACAACGCAGGACCUGCAGCCCCUGCAGUCGUACCAGGAGGGCUGGGAUGACGAUAUUGUGGCGCAGGUGGCGUGUGAGUGGCUCAGGGAGGUGGACAAGGAGACCAACCUCAGCACCUUCACUCCCAUGCACAACAACAAGAAGCCAGAGAUCUGGAUAGGCGGCAUCUUCCCUAUCAGCGAGGGGGCGCGAUACUCCUGCAAGGAGCUGGUCUAUGCUGCGAUGAUGGCGGUGAAGCGCAUCAACGACAACCCCAGCAUCCUGAACGACUACGAGUUCAAGUUGAUCUCACGCGACGGCGCCUGCAGCAGCGAGAAGGUCUUGGGUCUCUUCAUCGACUUCGUGACCAAGAGCUCGCAGGACUACAACCGACACUUCAACCAGAUGGCCGGCAUACUGGGACCGGCGUGCUCUGACACGGUCGAGCCUCUGGCGGGAGUUGUCCGCCACUUCCACACGGUCAUCAUCUCGUACGCUGCUGAGGGCGCCAUCUUCAACGAUGAGGUCAAGUACCCAUACUUCUUCCGCACCAUCCCGGAGAACAUAAUCUUCAGGUACGUGUACCUGAACCUGUUCAAGAUGAACAACUGGAAGAGGAUCGCGUCGCUGACGCAGACCGGUAACAAGUACAGCGAGUACCUGACCAGCCUGCUGGACACCUUACAACCCGAAGGCGUUUUCCUGGACAACCACAAGUUCUCGGGGGAGGCCACCGACAUGGCUAAGUACCUAACUCGGCUCAAGGACCACAACUUCCGCAUCAUCAUCGGCGACUUCUAUGACGGCAUCGCGCGCAAGGUGAUGUGCGAGGCGUACCAUCAGAACAUGACCGCUCGGCAUGGUUAUGUGUGGUUCCUACCGCGCUGGUUCACCAAGGAAUGGUACCUGCGCAACGAAACUGGCGCCGUCAAAUGCUCUGUCAGGCAAAUCAUGGAGGCCCUAGACGGCCACCUGUCCCUGGGCUACGCAUACUUCGCGUCUGACGACACCGUCUACCACGAGAACAUCACCGUACGGCAGUGGCGGGAGGAGUUGAGUAAAACCUUCGGGCUGAUGGACCGCAUCCCCGACUACGCGGGCUACACUUACGACGCCGUCUGGACCUACGCAUUCGCGCUCGACAAACUCCUCGCGGAGAACCUUACGCAUUACGCAGACCUGCACAGCAUCGGCACAAACCAGCGUUACGUGGAGAUAUUGCGGCAGACGAACUUCAGCGGUGUGUCGGGGAACCUGAACUUCAAUGGCGGCGGUUCGAGCAAGAAGGUAGCGGUUCACCUCAUGCAGGUUCGCCUCGAGGAGAACCAGAUGGUCUACAAGCGUGUGGGGGGCUACGAACCUGAAGGCGACGUGGGCCGUUUGAAGAUAGUGGAGCCCAUCGUGUGGCUGACUGAGGGAGGGGUGGUGCCCAGCGAUGGCUCCACGCUCUGCUGGCUCUCCUUCAUCAGCGAGCCACUCGACAUAACAUGCGAGGCCGCCAUCGUCAUGGUCAUGUUCACGGGCUUCGGCAUCUUUGCCGCCAUCCUCGUCGUGCUCUUCAUCGUCUACAAGAGGAGGAUCGAGAAGCUGCGAGCGCCGCUGCUGUGGCCAAAGCUUCAAGAGUGCGAGAUUCCGCGCGAGAAAAUCGUCAUGAACCGCACCAUCGGACAGGGGCAGUUCGGCACCGUCUACGGCGGGGAGGUGGAGAACUCAGACGGCGUGUGGGUGGCUGCAGCCAUCAAGACUCUCAAGGUUGGCUCGACGGACGAGGACAAACUUGACUUCCUAGAGGAGGCCAAAGUCAUGAGGAUGUUCGACCAUCCGAACAUAGUGAAACUCCUCGCCCUGUGCUGCGACAAGCAACCUAUACUCAUGGUUAUGGAGUUCAUGCUACAUGGUGACCUGAAGGUGUUCCUAUAUGUUCAUAGGGACGUGGCGUGCCGCAAUUGUCUCGUCAGGGACGACUUGGUUGUGAAGCUCAGCGACUUCGGCAUGGCACGUCAGAUCUACCACAGCAACUACUAUAGGUUCAACCGCAAAGCCAUGUUGCCGGUGCGGUGGAUGGCGCCAGAGAGCCUCGAGGACGGCCUCUUCACGACGGCGUCGGACGUGUGGUCGUAUGGCGUGCUGCUCUACGAGAUCAUCACUUACGCUAACUGCCCCUUCCAUGACUUGUCUAGCAGCCAGGUGGUCGAGAGCGUGAAGAGAGGCAACACCAUCCCAAUACCCAUCGAUGCUUCCACAGGAGUGAAGUCUCUACUUCAGUGGUGUUGGCGGAAGGACCCCGACCAGCGCAUCACGUUUGGCCACAUCAUCAAAAUCCUCACCGAAAACCCAACGAUGUUGUCCCCUUGCCUGGACGUGCCGAGCGCCUCCGUGGAGAAGACGGAUGACGGACACUCUGGUCCAAAUUUCCGUAAAAUGUCAGGUCCGGGUCGUCCCAUUGCCAGUGGGAGCAGCAACAUCCGCCCUCGCACCACCUCCCCUUGCGACUCCCUGUCAGGAGUGCACGGCGCGACUCCCGUGAGUCCGUUGAUGGAAACCGAGGCUGAAAAUGGAGAAUUCAAGUCCGUAUCUUCGCAACCCUUUUACAAAAUUUCCAACCUGGACAACGGGCAUAGGCAGAGAAGCGCUCCUGCCUUAGAACCUCUCCUGCCUAAUAAUAACUUUGUAACUCGGUACGCCCUCAUACAGAGAACCAGGUCUCCAGACCUCGCGUCCUUGGAGCGCUCGCCCACUGAACUGUCCGCCGUCUGAGCGUUUAAUGAAUUCCACCCGUGCGGACGGAGCUGGGUGCAGACUUAAGACUGUGUGGUACUGAGCAUGAACUCUCAAUAGGGCUCUCUUGGCAGUCCUACGUUCUAGGUACUCAUACAAUUUGUCAGACAUUGUAAGUAAAAUUACUCUUAUUAAGUUAUUCAAGUUACUAAGUGACACAAGUCUCAGUUAUAAGCAACUCUGACCGGUUUUUCAGUAACGCUUAUACAUUCGGCGAACUAUUCCGGACAAAUUAUCUCUGCAAGCUCGUCCGAAUGAGAUUCCUAUCACGAAGAAUCAAAUGACUAUAAAAUAAAUUGGGUAUGAAGCACUCGUGAACAAGCAAGCCUAAAGCAACUAAUGCUGAUGUGAGUUCAGAGUUCUAAAGUAUUUAUUAACAAUUUCCCUACGCGAUCAAUUUUAUUUCUCUUCUUCAGCCGAAUCGGUUCAUAAAAUGUGGAUUAACAGUGAAAUUUUACCAAGCUUGAUCAAGGUUCACGUGUCACCAUUGAUGACUCGUAUUUUUUAUAACACCUAAUGAGGGUCUAGCAAGCGAGAAGUUGAAGGGAAAUUGAAAUGAAGUUCGCUUAUCCAGUUGAGAAGGUGUGCGUUGAAACUUCCUUUUUCUUGUACAUUGAGCUGCGAAACGAGGCUCUUGAUAAGACCUUGUAUUACGUUGCACUAAGUAAUUUCUCUGUUCAGCAAUACAUGUAAUAAUGUGUGGUUUGUAUUCAUGUUCUGUGUAGCGCUUGUGCUAAACAUGUUCUGGCGCUAGGGCAGCUUCGCCUGUGCUUAUAACUCGUUCAGCUUUUGGCUUAAUGAAAGGGAUUCUUUCAGUUUACUUAGUCUGUGCAAUAAUUUAUUGUGUUAGUGAAUGAAAGAAACAUCCGAAGAGCAACUCCUAAGAAUAGUUGAAGAGCAACUCCUUAAAGGCACUAUUCCCUGUGCAGUUUCUAAGACAUUUCCUCACAUAUGGAAGGGGGGUGGCAUGUGGUUAACAUAACCAUGGUUGCAGCAACGAGAUUCGGGGUAAGGGAACCGCUGAGAUAAUAACUAUAUUGAUAGAUAUAGUUAUUAUUUAUAACUAUAUCUAUUAACUAUAGUUAAUACAUUUUAUAUUAACUAACUAUAACUAUAUUAAUAGAUGAUUUUCCAUUAUGAAAGAAUUCCCAGCUAUUUUACAUGGGGAGUUUAUAUAGAUAAGUUAGUGAUCAAUUUAUGCCUGUCAACGUAAUACCUCAACAUGCCUGGAAGUUAUUGACAGAAACUGUAGUGUUUUAGAUGAUAUUUCCCUCCGGUGCUUCUGUGACAGACCGACGGACCUUCAAGUCCCGAGUCUGUCAUAUCCAUUCUAGUCUGCGGUGCAAAAAUUCAGCUCGAACCCUAGCGCGAUUGUGACCGUUUCCUGCCAGAUAGCAAUUGUUUUCAUACAGAAUCGUUGAUGUAGUUAAAUAACUCCCAUCGAGCUAUUUUUGUUACUUGUGGACGCAACAAUUAGGAGGCCAUCUGCGUAUUUGUAGUAAUUGUUUUAGAGUAACGUUCAAUUUUGUGUGUGAUGUUCAUUAGAUGUAAUUUGGAAAUGAAUUUGUGGUUCGUGUUUUAUUGACGAUAUUUUGUGCUUGUAACCAAAGACGCUGAACGAUGCUCUACUGAGAACGUUCUCCGCCGGCCUCGGCCUCUUUAUGUCAAUUCUCAACUGCUGAUGAAUCUAUUCUAUUAAUCGUGGACUCAUUUAUUCAAGUAAUUCAAACCGUAUUAAAUAUUUUAUACAUGAUGUAAAUUUUCUGUAGAACAAAUGAUCUGUUUUGAACUGUGUAAUCAAAAGCUCGACGAUACCGAAGAUGGUCUCAUGGCAGUCAUAGUUCGCAUGUAUAAUUCUCUAGUUCUAAGAAGCGUUAUUUUUGUAAUUUUACUAUAUCAAAUCGCUCAACCAGGAGUCGUAAAGGUUUAAUUUACAUAUUGAAUCGCUGUCGUUCUGUUAAGAAUCGUGGAGAAAACUUGUGCCACGCAACCGAAUAGUUUUUACACUCUUGAGUUCUUCGGUUAUGACCGAGGCACAUUACGCUCUUCUUCUAAUAUGACGGUAUAUAUUAACUCCGUGAGCUUCAUGAUCUACAGCACAGACUUAUUUCUGACUUUUUACCGGAGCUAGAGUGGAUAUGUGUUAAAUUAUUUUAUACGUGGCCGGAUUUAGCCGUCACCACCCAGCAGUCAUGCGGCAUUUUAAACCGUAAUGCCUUCAAAUUUUUGGCCUAUCAAUUUUGCCUGGUGGAUCUACGUUAUCGCAGUCAUUUUUGAUUCAAUGAUUAUGCUUAGUUGUCCGCUCAGAGGACUGCAAACAAAGAAAUUUGUUGAAAUAAUGCCUUAGGGUCUCGUGGGAGAUUUGUAAUAUUGAAGCGUGCAAUAAAAUGGUCGAUUAGUUGAGCAUGGUUCGGUGCCUAUUGUGGUUGGGUUUUCUCCAAAUUUGUAUGUAUAUAUACAAAAUGAAAAACGUGCGAACUUUCUGUUAUGCACUGCACUAUUUUUAUGAUGUAACUAAUAUUUCCUAAUCUCUACUGUUAACUAGGUGAAUUAGAUUUAUUCUUCGUGAGUUUUCAUUCAAUGCACGUAACGAAUUCUCGUUGCGUACACUAAUCUAAUGGCUAAUAUAAGUAAUGAAUUGGAAACAUUGUGACAUUUUUCAUUAAGUUUAAAGUCAUUAAUGUCACCUUUUCUUGAACGCGAAGUUUAGAAUGCUGUUCACGCACGAUAUGCUCACGUUUGAAACAUGCCAAGUUAAGUGUCGCCUGUGAACAUUCUGGACUGCGUUCCGUGUACUGCUGUGUACUGUGAUGGCUACUUGUACAGUUUCUGUACAAGUAGCCAUCAGAUUAUUAAGCGUUGCUGUUAGGUUUGAGGACUUGCCGCUGCAAAUAAUAUUCUAAACGCGCAUGAGUCCUCCGCGUAAAGAACUAAUAUUUGCGUAGGGAACUUUUAAAUUUUAUUUAAAGCUGAUGGAAACACUUUCAAAUUCCGUCAGGUCGACUUGUCAUAUUGUAGAUUAAUUUUUUCAAUUGACGAACGGUGCUGGAAUAGGUCAUUAUUAGCACUCGCUGCUCACACGACCCGAAACUGUGCCAGACUUUUCAUUUAAGUACAACAAUUUCUAGAAGUACAAUCUAAUAUAUUUCUUGUUGAAGACGUAACACUACGUAGCAUUACCGACUUGGUAGCAGUGAUUAAUUACAUGUAAUUAAGGUCGAAUAAUAAAAUACUUUUUACCGAAUUAGACUCCGCAAAGUGUCUUACCUACGAGAUUAGGUCUAUAGUUCAUAGCGUAGUCUGGGUCCCGUACUCGACAGUUAUUAGGUUGGUCGUCGGUUUCAUGAUGAUUGCCAGGCCGGGUCUACUCUGGCCCGUUAGGGUCUAUGUGGCCCGCUAGGGUCACAGUAAACGUCUAUUUUUUCGCCUGAUGGACCUACAAUGAUGGUUAACUUAUUGAAAAAUUAGUUGGUGGUUAACCUACGGUGUCAUAAUUUUUGAUUCUACAAUACCUGGACUCUGGCUUGCGUCCGGCAUUUAUAAUGCGACGUGAAGCUAAAUAAGAUAACGUUUGGCAGGACUCACCUCAAUACUUGCUUUCAUUUCAUUUUGUUUUCUGAUCAUGCUGCAUUGUUGAAAUUAUUUUGUUAGGUUUAUGUCGCAGGAUUUGGUGAUAUUCUUCUCAUUAUUAUUGGAAAGAUUUAUGCUGCCCGUAGAUAGUUCAGAAAAAGUUUAGUGUGCACUUCUAGUGCCAAUUGCUUGGUGCUGUUAUAAUUAAUAAUAAAUGGAGUGUCUGCCAAGGCCAUGUGUUGUAUGGUGCCGCAUGAAAAGUGAAUUAGUGUUCCAAUAUUUUGCAUAAAACAUAUAAAUCAAAAUACGUUUAUUGUGCUCCAGCUGGGCGCAACGUAUCGCUCAAGUAAAUAUAUGUUAUUUUCGUAAAAUUGUGUAGUAUUUUUUCGAUGUUCCACGAUAUUUUUGUGUUUUAAUUAGACAUGAUUUUUAUAAACAUUUCACAUUUUCAUACUCGGUACGUAUUUGCACUGAGGUGAAACUAUAUUUAUUAAAAUAAUAUAUAGUUAUCGCAAUAUUUUUAGGUAGAUGUGCGAAACAGAAGGUGUCAGGAUGCCGGUAUCGUUGUGAUUUUUGUAUAUUAUAACUUCCACUAUGUAGGAAAAAAAGCGGCAACCACACUCGAUGUGAAGCGAUCUUCAGGAGAUAGGCAAGUGGAAAAAUGUGUGGGAUUUAUUACUUUAAUUGUAUGUGAAUUGAUAUCACUUAAAAUCUACAAUUAACUAAAAAAAUAUGGAGAUCAGUGUUGUUUCGUGACUGAAAAAUAACUUAGUAUGUAUGAUCGAUCUAUUGAUCUGGUGUAAACCGGUGAAGAUAUCCGGAUAUUUCGGAUUCUCGUGUGUGUUUGUAGACGCAGUGCUAGUGUCAGGUGUGCAGCUUCUUUCCAUUGUCAUUGCGUUGUGCAGUGUAUUCAUUUGCUCAAAAGUGUGUAGAGGUAGUCGAAUACAGUCGGUAUACAGCAUAAUAAUCGAAAUGAUUGUGGUGCUUUAAAACUCGUGUAACAAAUGCGUCUACGUUUAGAAACCUCUGCUCUGAGUUUUUAUUAUAAAAUUAUUGACCGUG